GGCAAGGCGAGGCGAGAGCUGCACAGGGCCCUACGCGGCCGCCUCAGCAUGUCGGACUUCGACGAGUUCGAGCGGCAGCUCAACGAGAAUAAACAAGAACGGGACAAAGAGAACCGGCACCGGAAGCGCAGCCACAGCCGCUCUCGAAGCCGGGACCGCAAGCGCCGGAGCCGGAGCCGGGACCGACGCAACCGGGAUCAGCGGAGUGCCUCCCGGGACCGUCGGCGGCGAAGCAAACCGUUGACCAGAGGAGCAAAAGAGGAGCACGGCGGAUUGAUUCGGUCUCCCCGCCAUGAGAAGAAGAAGAAGGUUCGCAAGUACUGGGACGUGCCGCCCCCGGGAUUUGAGCACAUCACCCCCAUGCAGUACAAGGCCAUGCAAGCUGCUGGUCAGAUUCCGGCUACCGCCCUUCUCCCCACCAUGACCCCAGAUGGCCUGGCUGUGACCCCAACGCCAGUGCCUGUGGUUGGCAGCCAGAUGACCAGACAGGCGCGGCGCCUCUAUGUGGGCAACAUCCCCUUUGGCAUCACUGAGGAGGCCAUGAUGGACUUCUUCAACGCCCAGAUGCGCCUGGGGGGCCUGACGCAGGCCCCUGGCAACCCGGUCCUGGCUGUGCAGAUCAACCAGGACAAGAACUUUGCCUUUUUGGAGUUCCGUUCAGUGGACGAGACCACGCAGGCCAUGGCGUUCGACGGCAUCAUCUUCCAGGGCCAGUCAUUGAAGAUCCGCAGACCUCAUGACUACCAGCCACUGCCCGGCAUGUCGGAGAACCCCUCGGUCUACGUGCCUGGAGUUGUGUCCACUGUGGUCCCCGACUCUGCCCACAAGCUCUUCAUCGGGGGCUUACCCAACUAUCUGAAUGAUGACCAGGUGAAGGAGCUGCUGACCUCAUUCGGGCCCCUGAAGGCCUUCAACCUGGUCAAGGACAGCGCCACGGGGCUCUCCAAAGGCUAUGCCUUCUGUGAGUACGUGGACAUCAACGUCACAGACCAGGCCAUUGCGGGGCUGAAUGGGAUGCAGCUCGGGGACAAGAAGCUGCUCGUCCAGCGGGCGAGUGUGGGCGCCAAGAAUGCCACGCUGAGCACUAUCAACCAGACGCCAGUGACGCUGCAGGUGCCAGGGCUGAUGAGCUCCCAGGUGCAGAUGGGUGGCCACCCAACAGAGGUGCUGUGCCUCAUGAACAUGGUGCUGCCCGAGGAGCUGCUGGACGAUGAGGAGUACGAGGAGAUCGUGGAGGAUGUGCGUGACGAGUGCAGCAAGUACGGGCUCGUCAAGUCCAUCGAGAUCCCCCGGCCUGUGGACGGUGUCGAGGUGCCCGGCUGCGGAAAGAUAUUUGUGGAGUUCACCUCUGUGUUUGACUGUCAGAAAGCCAUGCAGGGCCUGACGGGCCGCAAGUUCGCCAACAGAGUGGUUGUCACAAAGUAUUGUGACCCCGACUCUUACCACCGCCGGGACUUCUGGUAGAGGCGGCCAGGGGAAGGUGGGGGCACGACCGGCAGAGGGCUUCCUCCCCUCCCGCGCCCCUCCUCUCCCCUCUCUGAAGACGAUGGGCCGCGGAUGACAGCCGAUUGACAGCCCAGCAGCAACUGGAAUGGCAGCGAUCAACGGAUCGGGGUGGGGAGGGGGCGGGCGGACGGGGAUGUGGACACACUGCGCCUGCCCACACAGGGCUGGGUUGGGAUGGGGACGGGUGUGCACAGGGUGGGUUAGGACCCCCACGCCCCUCCCCAAACAAUCUCUCCUUCCCUCGUACCUUCCCUUCUUGCCCCUGGUAGGAAAAUAGCGUGUUUAUAUUUUAUGGCCAAAAUAUUUUGAAUUUUGUUGUCCGGCCCCUGGUGCCCAGCCCCCUCCCCCUCCAGGACCACAGCCCCUGCCCCCUUGCGGCCUCUGGCCCUCUCUGGUCCCCCUGGUUUCUUACGUAGUGGAUUCUCUGUAGUCGCCCCUCCUACCCACCUGCUCCCCCACCUCGUGGCCCCGCCCCCCCGUGGCAGUUUCAUAUUUGCUAAGACGAAUUUGCUCAUUAAACAUUUUGUUGUAUUUUACUUUA